CCCAAUAAUUGAUGUCCAACGUAAUAGAUACUAGCCUCGAGUCUAUUGUCGGGUAUUUCGAUAUAUAUAUAUAUACCCCUGACUAGCGGAGCGAUGAAUUUUUAACGUGAAAUCGUCGUCGUACAGAGGCGGCUUUCGUACAUACCCUAUACCCUGAAUGCCUACCUCUGCAUUAGAAAUUUAUAUCGCAUGGUGAAUCGCGUGCGUAUUGACGAGAUAUGCGAACAGUUAUCGUUGCACGUUUGCAAUAUUUCUGCGAUGGUUGAAAACGCAUACGAUCGAAAAAGGAAGAGAGAACAAGGAGAGCGGGGAAUAGAAAAUUGGCAGAAAACGGUUAACGGGCGUUCGUUGUGUCGUGUCGCGUGGAUUUCGGAACAAACGUUACGGCCCUGAUCUCGCACAUUGAUCGGCUUUCUCGGUGGAUUCCCCGGGUCGGAACACACGCGGUGCCCGGGGUAGGGCUCGGGGUGCCUUCGACUUCGCGGUACCAUGGAGUCGAUCGUUCUGUGCCUCGUUUCGAAUCCCUUGAGUUAGUUGAACUCAUUAUAAAUAGUCGUCGGUCGGACGGGCUGCCCCGUGAUUUCGGUGCAGAGUUUUUGAUCGAAUCGCGAGUUUGUCGGGGGUACAUGCACCGCGGCGUACUGUACACGGUAUACAUACUCUGUACACGAGUGAACCUGGACAAACUAUAGGUGUGUGUAUACCGAUGUAAGACAUACGCCGCGAUUGUACGUAUAGUUUUCUAUAUCGUUUCGACGCAAAAUGGGCAUGCGCCGGGCGCGAAGAUUGACGGUGUGCGUCUCCGGUUUGACGAUGAUAUUGCUCUUCGCCCAUUUACUGGCGUCCAGAAGGAUAUCGGUGUUGGGUUGGACGAGUAAAAUUCACCCCGAUAAGAUAACGAGUAUGACCGCCGUUUCCGACCAACUCCAAGACGCCUCGUUGGCCUACGCUGCGGGGGUUUACAUGGCCGGAAGAAGGCCCGGAAAUGUCAGCGGAUGCGGUUGGGCCUACGGACUCCCGCAUUCCCUCUCCUAUUCCUCGAGCAAGGUCACCUGGAGCCCCGAAGCCGGUGAGAAAGGGCCUUACAGGGUGCUGCCCGGGAUAGUGAAGGGCUCGCUCAGCAGGAGGGUGCCGCCCUUGACUCUCUGCACCCACGCGACCGCUGACCAGGUGUACGCCGUCGUCGAACUCGCGAGGAGGUGGGAAGGCCCGGUGAGUUUGGCCGUGUUCGCCUCGGGCCUCGACGCCGGCUUGGCCGUAGCCCUUCUGGACAGGGCUUGCUGGUGCGAACCCGCGAUGUCGAGGGUGACCGUUCAUCUGGUCUUCCCGGCCGGCAGGCCGCCGUCUCUCAGACCGAGGAAUUCGUUCUCCGGAGACUGCGCCGCCUCGGAUCUCCAGCUCAAGGAUUCGGAGACGGAGCGAAAAUCGCGGAGCCUGAUGUACCCGAUCAACGUCGCCAGGAACGUGGCGAGAACGCACGCCCGGACCUCCAGGGUUCUCGUGUCCGACAUCGAGCUACUUCCCAGCGAAAACCUCGCCUCCGGUUUCAUAGAAAUGGUCCGGGGGCGGCCCCCCAGGGUCGGCGUGGUCUUCGUUGUUCCGGUUUUCGAAAUUGAGACCAACGAGAAACCCCCCAACACCAAGCACGAGCUUCUAAUGGCCGCUAGGGCCGGACUGGCCGGAUAUUUUCACAGAUUUGUCUGCGCGCAUUGUCAGAAAUUCCCCGGCCUCACCCGUUGGAUGCUCAGACCGGACCCCGGAAGAGUCAGACCUUCGAUCGUGACGCGAAGAGAAUUUCCUCAUCACAGAUGGGAACCCGUCUACAUAGGGACGAGGGAAGAUCCUCUCUACACCGAAGACAUGUCCUGGGAAGGGAGGCAGGACAAAAUGGCUCAGAUGCUGGAGAUGUGCCUGUUGAAUUAUCGUCUGGUCGUUCUAGACGGUGCUUUUCUCGUCCACGCGCCAGGUGUUAAGCGACGUCCCACGAGCGUCGAUCAUCGUCGAGAAGCUUGGAGGCGUCCUUACGAAAGAAGAAACUCCAGAAUAUAUCAGAGCGUCGUACGACGGCUGCAGAAGCAAUACCCUUCCAAUCCUAGGUGCCGGCAAUAACGGACAAAAAAAGAGGAGCGAGAAUAAAUGUGAGAGCCUGAUUAGAGCUAGAGCAAGAUGAGCUGUGCGAAGCCCUGAGAGACUGAAAAGAGAAGCGCACAUCCGCUGGGUGAUCAUAAAAUUGGAGAUGAACAUGGAACCUACAAAGCGGUCUGGCCUUUCGUCGGGAAUACAACAGUGUACUCGGAGCAUCUACAGAACUUAUCAUCAUAUAUUCAGUGCGGGAUACUUGUAUGAAUGAGUUGAGUAUUUUUUAGUUUGCAAGAACUACAAUGCAAUUAUUAAUACAAUGUUGAUAGAAAUAGAGGUAUUGUUUUAAUUAUUUAUGAAAAUGAGUUAUGAUAUACAUGUGAACAUGCUGUAUACAUUUUGAGUGCUGAAUGGGAGAUAUCGAAUGAUUGUUUUAGUGGUCAUCGAAAUAUAAGUAUUGUAAACACACUAUUUUAAGUCGUGACGAUCAUAAGAGGAUGAAUGUAUCUGUAAGAAAGAAGCCGUUGUCAUGGGCAUGGCGAUGUCCCAUUUUUAAACGUUUAUUUAUCAAUAAACCCUAACUAUUACGAA